AUGACAUUGGAGGAAUUCCUCGUACAAGCCGGUGUAGUUCAAGAAGCUGCUGCAAAAUUACCACCAAGCAGUGCAACUACUUCACCAUCAUCAUCAUCAUCUACAGUGCUACAUCAGCUGAAACUGGAGGCACCAACAUUAGGGUCUUUCCAUGGUACAAAUGGUAACAACUUCUCGAAUGUGACCGGCUGCUUUGGUUCCUACCACAUGAUGAUGAACCCUAGCAAAGCUUAUAAUGUUGGGGAAGCAUCGUCGAGUGAGUUCAGCAGAAUCAUCGACGGGCCGCCGGAGGUUUUGGUGGAGAGAAGGCAGCGUAGGAUGAUCAAGAACAGAGAAUCUGCAGCAAGGUCGAGGGCUAGGAAAUAG